CUUUCUAUAACAACAUUUUGGGUCAAUAAUAGAAUAUCAAUGGUUUGUUGAUAAUGGAUUUCUAGGAAAAUGUACCUGUUAGAGAUUAAGGCUUAGGAAUCCCUAAUCUUUUCCCCUUUUAUAACGGGGUAAAUCGAAUUGCAGAAGAAAUAAGAAAUCUGUUUCCGUUGGUGAAUGAUUAUAUAAAUUGUAUGAAAAAAGUUUUCCUAAAGGCUCCGUUGAGGGUGCAGAUAUAUGAAGAAAAACUUCCCGGUGUCCCUUUGCCACCUAAACCAGUAAUUACAAGGUGGGGAACGUGGCUCGAAGCAGUUUUCUUUUACUUUGAACACUGCGAUGAAAUACAAUUAGUAAUGUCAGAAUUUAAUGAUAAUAUUUCCGAAGCCAUUCGAGAAGCAAAAAAAAUAUUAAAAAAUCCGAAAUUAAAACAGCAACUAGCUUAUAUCAAUGGCAAUUAUAAAUUAAUAGUUAGCACAAUUACCUUAUUAGAACGACAAGAAGUAAAUUUAUGUGAGUCAGUAAAAUUAGUAGGUAAUUUAAAGUCAAAAAUUAAGUCAGCACCUGGAAGUAAUGGUCAAUUAAUUUUUAAAAAAAUGAAAGAUGUUUUUAACAAGAAUGAAGGUUUCUUGUUUUUGUCUAAUGUUGCCAAAAUUUUGAAUGGGACAUUUUCCGAAGAACUACAAAUUCAGCCAGAUUUAUUAUCCGCUCUUAAAUAUGCUCCAAUUACAUCUGUCGAAGAAGAGCGUUCAUUUUCAAUGUACAAAUUAAUUUUAAGUGAUAGACGACAAAGUGGUUACAAUGUUUAAUUAUUAUUUAACAAUAAUUUA